CUUCAGCUUCAGACGCUCACUAUCUUGUAUACCUGGACUAUUGCUCUGUCGGAAUAGCAUCACAAUAUGCCCCUGUCGGCCGCGUUGAAACAUGACAUUGAAGAAGUCAUAACGGCACUUCUGAAUGCAAUGAGUUCCCGCAACAAACGACGACUAGCGGACAUGUUUAUGGAUCUUCCGGACAGGACAGCCUGGGCUGAGUACUAUGAGAUCAUACCACAGCCCCGCUGUAUCAAAGGCAUUCAAAACAACCUAGCAAAGAAUAAGUACAGGGAUCCGCUAGACGUCUUCACAGACCUGGACCUCGUCUUCAUGAAUGCACUCUACUACAACGAAGACGGAAGUCAGAUUGCGAAGGAUGCCAAGACUUUGAAAGCUAUGCUCGAGACAGAAUGGAAACGACGAUCAGGUCUCCCAACACCCCGCGCGUCUCCGCCCGCUUCUUCAGCACAGAAGACUCACGCAGCAGCUGCGGCCUCCAAGGUGCUCAGCAACCGCCCACGACCAAGGCUACGGCGCGACCAACCGUGGUCCACCCCCACAGCCGCCGCGGCCACGCCUGCCCCUUCGACGCAAGGGAAAGCUGCUUCGCGCGCCAAAAGCCUAGAACGGCACUCUUCACCUGACAUGGACGUUGACAUUGGGGGGACUCCGGAACCGGAGGGCCCCUCACACGAUGGGACCAGAGACGCGGAGCUGAUGACAUUAUGGGAGGGCUUCGGCGACAUGGGAUGGAUGACUGAGGUUGAUCCGAGUCGCCAUAUCGAUAUUGUGCAAGCCGUUUCUGGUCAUCAGGAUGCUAGCGGUGUACGCCUUGCUGCAAGCUUGGAAGCAAUUCCUGAAGAAGUUGCGGGGUUGCCUUUCAACUUCCCGCUGUCGCUCUCUUUGAUUGAGAGUAGAGUACGGAGCAAGCAAUAUGCAUCGUCGAAGGCAUUUGACAAGGAGAUGUCAGAGCUUUUCACUAUGGGCCGUCGCAUAUAUGAACCCGGUAGCGCAGAGUACGGACAUAUCCUCAUUCUCCAGAGGCUCUACCAAGCGUUGGCAUCCUCGAACCCUCCAUCGGGUCCUCCGUACACCACGACGACCAACUUUGCAUCAGUGCGCGCCGGCCCAGGAACAGCGAAGCCUCUCCACACGAGCGCGGAGACGGAAGGCAUCUUUGGCGUAACGACGUACCGCGUCUCCACCAAAGAUAGAGAAUUCGUCAAUGAGGUGCAUUUCAAGGGGUGGACUGUCCGUCUAGCCGAUUGGUUGCACAUGAGCAACCCGGAUGACCCUAGUAGGCCCAUUGUAGGCCAGGUCUUCCGCUGUUAUGUCUGGGACGCUGCCAGUGGCAGGAAGGGACAGCCGGGUGUCACGGUCUGCUGGUAUUAUCGGCCCGAACAAACAUUUCAUCCUGCGCACCGCCAAUUCUGGGAGGGCGAAGUCUUCAAAACAAGUCAUUUCGCUGACCAUCCACUGGAGGACAUUAUCGAGAAGAUCGCCGUCCAAUUCACUGCGCGACACAUCCGAGGUCGUCCACGUCCCCCCUACUGGAAUCUGGGCUGGCCUCUCUACAUCAAGAACUGGAACUCGUGCGUUCCGGAGGAAGUCCGGAAGAGCACCGAGUUCAUGCCGAUAUAUCCCUUCGAACGGUCUGUCUUCCCUAGAAGGUUCAAUAGCCCCUUCCUCACCGGGCGAGUCAAGGGCCCGGGUGGUAUUGCUGAGGCUGUAGAGAAAGCGGAGGGCGAGCGGAUCGAGGGCGGCGGCACUGGAAGGAAGCGUCCGAAGCGCAGCGCUGGGGCGACGUCAACACCAAGUCGCACGGAACAGACGGAUCGCGCGGGUCCUAGCAAGGGGCUCUUCGUCGCAACGCCUGUCGCCCCAUCAGGGCCGUCGACAUCUACAUACCAAUAUCCACAAAGCGCGCAAAAUCCACGAGAUCCGUCCACCCAAGAGACCACCGACAGGUCGAUCCUCACAUCGAAGCUUCCUUCGGAAACAGCUAAACACUUCGAUCGCGAUCCGGAUACGAAUGAAGUACUCUGGUUCGCGGCGCCACCCAAACGCAAGAACUCACACGACGACGGGCGGGCCAUGGAUGUGGACGACGCAACGUCGGAAGAGUCACCUCAGAAAAGGUUCAGAGUGCAGCCGACCGUAACUGAGACCUAGGAUCGAUGCUGGUCGAUCUGGCUGCCGACCUUGAUUCGCCUAGAGCUGGCUAACGUCUGCCCUUUGGUAGUAACGUGUAGUUACAGCCAUGCCACUGCCCUACUUAUGGCUAUAUCUGUAUUGGUUGCAAGUGUAGUGUACUCAACAUAAUUUUCGGUGACCAAUUUUGCCUGUCCUGUCUU